AUAAAUAAAGGAUUUUUUACUCCGAGAUUAACUAUUUUUGCAUCGUACAAAAUAUAUCAGGGUUCAUACAAUAGUUCCGCCUCUUCCCCUCCGAUCCUUGCGUUCACCGCAACUCCGAUCACGCUCCGCCGCCGCCUCCACCUUCCGUUACUAGAGAUCGAUGGAUACUACAGAUCGUAGAUACUUGGAGGAAGAAGAUUCCUCGUUGACGAAAACUAUGAAAGGUGCUGCCACUGGAUUGGCUGCAGGGACCAUUUGGGGUACUGUAGUUGCUACCUGGUUGGAUGUACCUCGUGUUGAGAGAAAUGUUGCUCUGCCGGGGUUGGUUAGGACGUUAAAGAUGAUGGGUAACCAUGGGUUGACCUUUGCUGCCAUUGGUGGGGUCUACAUUGGUGUAGAGCAAUUGACACAGAAUUACAGAAUGAAGAGAGACUUUGUCAAUGGAGCAGUUGGUGGGUUCGUUGCUGGUGCAGCCAUUCUUGGUUUUAAAGGAAAGAGCAUUUCUACAGCACUCUCUGCCGGAGCUGCGCUUGCUGCCACUUCCACAGCAAUUGAUGUUGGUGGGCAGACCACUAGGGUUGAUACAGGUAAGGAGUAUUAUCCUUAUACUACCAAGAAAAGGGUUGAUGCCGCCAAUUGAUGAUGGUGCUGCUGCUGCUUUAAAGGAAGCUAUUGUGAUAAAUAAUCAACAUUUCAUUCCAAUGAUUACUGUAUGUUCUGUUUUGGAGAUUUAAGCGUACUAGUGUUGAUUUAAUCAUGGUCCGCAAAGACAUUUUUCUGAAAUAAGUUAACCGAACAUCAUUUUGUAUGCAUGUGUGAAUUACCAAAAGAUGAUUGAAAUGAUAUUUUACUGAUGAAGGUUUUCUGGUAA